AUGUCGGGUAUAGCAAGUGCACGUUUAGCUGAAGAAAGAAAAGCCUGGCGUAAAGACCAUCCCUUUGGAUUUGUAGCCAGACCUAUGAAAAAUCCUGAUGGGUCUUUGAAUCUUAUGACAUGGGAAUGUGCGAUUCCUGGCAAAAAGGGGACACCAUGGGAAGGAGGAUUGUAUAAACUCCGUAUGAUUUUCAAAGAUGACUAUCCUUCUAGUCCCCCAAAGUGCAAGUUUGAACCCCCUCUAUUCCAUCCUAAUGUCUACCCAUCAGGAACAGUAUGUCUAUCAUUAUUAGAUGAAGAAAAAGAUUGGCGCCCAGCUAUUACAAUCAAACAGAUUCUUCUUGGUAUUCAAGAUUUACUUAAUGAACCCAAUGUUAAAGAUCCAGCACAAGCUGAAGCCUAUACAAUCUAUUGUCAAAACCGAUUAGAGUAUGAUAAACGUGUGAGAGCACAGGCACGGGCUAUGGCAGCUACUGAGUGA